UAUCCGCGGCGCGGCGGCAGUGGUGCGGGCAGUGCGGCGGCGGGCGGCGCGCAGGGCGGAGCGGCGGCGGUGCGGGCGCCGGGACCGUCUGUGCGCGGCGUUUCUUGGGAGGCGGCGGCGGCGAGGGGCCGCUGCCUGCCGGCCAUGUCGGGCCGGGGGAAGUCCGGCGGCAAGGCGCGGGCCAAGGCCAAGUCGCGCUCGUCGCGGGCCGGGCUGCAGUUCCCCGUGGGCCGGGUGCACCGGCUGCUGCGGAAGGGUAACUACGCGGAGCGGGUGGGCGCCGGGGCGCCGGUGUACCUGGCGGCGGUGCUGGAGUACCUCUCGGCUGAGAUCCUGGAGCUGGCGGGCAACGCGGCCCGCGACAACAAGAAGACGCGCAUCAUCCCGCGGCACCUGCAGCUGGCCAUCCGCAACGACGAGGAGCUCAACAAGCUGCUGGGCGGCGUGACCAUUGCCCAGGGCGGUGUCCUGCCCAACAUCCAGGCCGUAUUGCUGCCCAAGAAGACGCAGAGCUCGAAGAAGUGAACGCUGCCCUCCCCCCAGCUCCCCUCCCGGCCCCCUCCUCACCACUACCCCACCUCCCCUCCUAGCGGGGCUGGGGGUUCCCUUCCCGCCCCCAGCCCGGGCUGGGUGGUGAGCCCUGGCAGCACUCUGCUAAGCUCUCCAGUAGCUCUCCCAGCCUGGGCUGCGGUGGGGUGCUGGGAGAGCAUGGGGGAGGUCAGGCUCUGCUUAUGCCCCUGCCCUGCUCCUCUUCCCUUUGGAAGAAGUGUUUUUGGAGGAAGCAGCUGGAUCUCAGCUGUCGGCGGCCGUGGCAUCCGGAGCCGUGUGGUUGGGUCACGGUGCAGAGCUGCUGGUAGCUGCUGAGGAUUGUUUUGGUUGUCCUGGGGAUGGACACGGACACCCCCGGCUGCUUCUCCCCUCCACCAGCCCUGGGGCUGUGCAGGGCUCCCCCAGCUGGCCCUGCUCACCCUGGCGUGAGGAUGGGGCUGGCGGCUGCUGCUGUGUGCCCCCCCCCAGCAAUGCCUCCCUGGUCGCACUGCGGUGGGGAGGACAGGGGGCUGCAAAAUGUGAAAAGGAGGAAAAGUUUCUCCGUUGGCAAGAAGUGACUGUUAGUCUUAGUUUUUUUUCAUGGUAAAGCUAGUGCAUUGCCUACUGUAAAGAAGCGCUGGUCCUAUUUAUUUUAAGGCCUCUUAGUUUGGGGUCCCUCCCUGCAAAGUCACCUUCCCGCAGCUCCCUGGCACAGUGGGCGCUGGGGGGACUCAGUGGUCCCACAUGCUGUGGGUCCUACUAGCAGGGUGGGGCGGAGGGUGCAGUGACAAAUCCCCUCAGAGAGCGUCGCAAGGUCAGGCGCCCGCCGGGAGCGGGAGCUGCCAUCUUCUGCCAUGGCUCCCCUCCUCUCCCAGCUGCAGAAGCCCUUCGUGUUGCUGAGAGCUACCCUGUACCCUGGUUGCACUUCUGGAAAUGACAUGCUCUGUCUUUUUGUUUGUUUGUUUGUUCAACACUAUUUCUGGUUUUGAGAAAUAAAGUGAUGAUGAUAUCUGUUAACUGUAACCCUCUAUGGAUUAAUAUUUCUUUUUAAAAGCAACCCUGGAGUUUGUAUUAAAACCCACUCUUGGCUAGUACCAUAUUUAUUUAA